CAUGUCCCCAUGUACUUCUUCCUCUGCAUGCUGGCAGCAGCGGACUUGGCGCUGUCUACCUGUACCGUGCCCAAGAUCCUUUCCUUCUUUUGGUUUGGUGCCAGGGAGAUUGGCUACGAAGCCUGCCUUGUCCAGAUGUUCCUCAUCCACUCCCUGUCAGGAGUCGAGUCCACCAUCCUCCUGGCCAUGGCUGUGGACCGGUACGUGGCCAUUUGCCACCCUCUCCAGCACUCCGCCAUCCUCACCAACUCAAGGACGGCAAAGAUUGGACUAGUGGCGGUAGUGAGAGGAGCCCUCUUCUUCCUUCCUUUCCCUUUGCUCAUCAACCGCCUGCCGUUUUGUGGCUCCAACACCCUCACGCAUUCCUACUGUGUCCACCAAGAUGUCAUGCACCUGGGUUGUGGCGACAGAAUGCCAAGCGUUGUCUAUGGGCUGACAGCCAUCCUCGCGGUGAUGGGCCUGGAUUCCCUGCUCAUCUUCAUGACCUACGUGUUGAUCCUGAAGACAGUCCUGCAGUUGGCCUCGAGGCCAGAGCGCCUCAGAGCAUCUGGGACCUGCGUGGCCCAUGUGUGUGUGGUCCUGGCCUUCUACGUGCCCCUGAUUGGGCUCUCUGUGGUGCACCGC